UGUGCGUGGGCGUGACGCCGUGAGCCCGUGACCCCGCCGCAACGAGAGACGGAGAGUCCACGCUCCGCUGAAGAAGCAACGGCAAUACCCCCGGCCCGACGACGAGCACAGCUGCACAGCGAACUGGCAGCGUCCUCACUCGUCAGUUCCAUCUCGUUCCCCAAUCUUCUCUCCCCGAUUCGAUUCGAGUGACCCGUCCGUCCGCUCCAAAUCGAAGAGGAAGGGAGAGAGAGAGGAGAGGAGCAUGGAUCAGGUGCUCAACAAGGUGGGGAGCUACUGGUUCAGCAAGAGGGCCAGCAAGGAAAUCGACUCCAUCGGCGACGACAUCAGCUCGAUCUCAAGCAGCAUUGGAGGUUCAGCCAAAUGGAUGGUGAACAAAAUUAAAGGGAAGAUGCAGAAAGCACUGCCAGACCUCCUCAAGGAAUAUGACAUGCCAGCAGGGCUCUUCCCACGGGACGCUACUAACUAUGAGUUCAAUGAAGAGACAAAGAAGCUGACAGUGUACAUCCCGUCAGCCUGUGAUGUUGGUUACAAGGACUCGUCAGUGCUGCGGUUCUUCACCUGUGUGACCGGCUACCUUGAGAAGGGGAAGUUUUCCGACAUCGAGGGCAUGAAGACAAAAGUGCUGGUCUGGACCAAGGUGACUGCCAUCAAGACCGAGGGCCCAAAGGUCCAUUUCACUGCUGGCGUGAAGAAGACUCGGAGCCGUGAUGCCUAUGAGGUCGUCAGAGAUGGUAUCACCAUAGAUAAGUUCUAGAGCAUACCUGGCGGGAAAAAAUGCGAUGUAAUUAUUCAGAUAUGCUUCUCUCCUCUCAGUUGGUACACCAAAAUUUAUACAAUCUUGUGUGCUAAUUCUGCAUUUAUGUCUGGAAGUUUAAUAUGCUUAAUACUUCUCUUAAAAGA